AUGUCUAGCCCUGGAGACGGGACAAUCUCGGACUCUCCACGAGGGCGCUCUGAGCCGUCCGUACCCUCACCUUCUUCCGAAGACUUGCACUCUCGUUCCUCUGAGGAUGACAGCUCUGUUUCGCGGAGGUGGGAGCCUUGGCAACUCGACUUUCCUGAUAGGAUGUUGAGAUACUCGGUUCCUGGAGACUCUGAGGAAUCCGAAGAUGAUAGCAGCACGGCGAACUUCGACCCUGCUUUGAACAAGCACCUGCUUGCAUCCGCUUCGCCAUCGGAUAAGGUUCUUUUGCCUUUUUUGUGCAUGUCAGAUGGGAAUCGUAUCUUCGAUCUUCUCGCGAGUGCUGUCUACCAGCGAUCCGCUUGCGGUAUCAAAGGACCCCUCAUCGGGCUAACGUUCGAUCAUGGCGCUCCUACAGUUCAACUUGCUAUUGCUUGGCUAGAGGACUAUGAUACGCUGGAUGGAUCCCUGCCUCCCGUACACGUUGCGUUCGAAGAUCCCUGUGGGCUCCCUCCGUCGCUCACUCUCUUCAAUCUCUGCGAUCCUACUGGUGCUUUACGCCUGGCGUCAUUCCUCAUGUCUUUGCCGGACAUUACUGAAUACCCGCAGCAUCACGUGUCGGACAAAUUAGAAGCUCCGGAAUUCGAUCUUCUUGCCUGGCGUUCCGAUUGUAGUCUGGAACAGGAAAACAGUAGUGACCCUGCAGCUUUCAUAGCGGGAGUAACGCGAUGGGCUGAUAACGUGGCGGAGGCCCUGCAGUCUUCGGACGACCACUGUCUCACUGCUGAGCAGACAAUGACGAAGAAGAGCGCCGGUUCAAAAGGGCCCUCGCUGUCCUCGAUAAAGGAGGGGCAACCUCCGCAAGAUGACUCGACAGGCCCCGGGUUACAGGCUAAGGAUCAAUCACGGCGCCGUACCUGCUCAAGUUUUGCAAGGGGUCGCAAAGAAGAAUGGGGCACAUAUUGUGAUGCACACGUAUCACUAUGGAUGGCCGACAGAUCAGCUAUAUUAUCGGGCCUCUUUAGCGCGACUAUGAAUGAUGCGGUUGAGCGGUACGAAGACUGCGCUGCAUUUCGAUGGCCCACUCAAUGGGAUAUCCUUGGUAACAUGCCCCCCGUAAAUCCUUUCGUUGAAGAUCUCAAAGAGGAGCUUUUCCGCGCCGUUCAAGCCAGACAGGCGCACGUUGCAGCUAACCUGGCGCCUCCGGCCCUGGGCAUCACUUCGGAAGAGAUGUAUAACAAGCUCUCAUCUGAGCUCUCGACAAUCCUGGACGUUUGUCGAUUUCUGCGCGCAAGUGAAAAGAACGCCUCAGUGGCUCCAAUCACCUAUGAAAUUGCGGCGCGAUCAGAUUGGGAUCGUCUUGUGAAAGCUUUCAUGAAUCGACCAUCUGAUGGUGUUUUCCCGCUGCCUGAACGACUUCUGCGUUUUCCCAAGAACACCUUUGCUGAGAACAAUUUUGGCGUGGAAUUCAAGUCUAUGAUUCGUGACCAGUUACUGCACCUCGCUAGCCCGUUCCUAGAGGCCUUGCACGCCAACGCCGAUGACGACCUCCGUCGCAAGCACUGGAGAAGUUAUGAUGGUCGCAGAUCUGCGCUAUACAGCAGUUGGGAUGACAUGACCCGUGACGCAAGUAUUCGGCGAAGUCUAGAAGAACCCAUCCGCGGAAGAUGCGACAACACAUGUGGUCUCAUAUGUCCAGACUUCUACCCCCCGAAGAAGGGGAAGCUCCGUAAAGGCCACCGCUUGGUCGUCCAGACUGAUCCGCCUUUGGUGGAUGGACAGACAGGUAGUUCAAAGGUCACCCACUCAAGUACGCCUAGCACACUCGCCCCGCCUGUGCGCGAUAUAAAAGACUCAAGUAUCUUUGGGAGCGGGCGAAAUCAGACAAAGUUUUUGCUGCCACCCUCUUCGAAUGCUCAAUCGGCCCCCAAGCAACCAGCGACUGAUGGUCCGGCACCUAGCCAGCCAUCUCCUGCCUCCAGGGAGCCCGAAACCCCGUCGCCUUACAGCAUGGACGAACUCGAAGCGGACCUCGACGCGAUGGACAUAGGUUCCGAACUCGAUGAGGAGGAAGAUGACUUGAGCAAUGAGCCCCAGAAGAGUAAUAGAGUCAAGCGGGAUUCACGAAGCCUCUUUGCCCCUAUUCUUCUCGUCGAGUACAAGAAAACAGAUGACAAGGGCCUGCACACUGCCGAAGGUGUGAAGCAAUCACGCAUGUAUACCGUGGCAGCAUCCAAAUUCCUCGCGAACCUCGGGAUUUACGAUUUCCCUGUAUUCGGGCUUGUUACCGACGGGACACUCGGCGCCGUCUCCUGUACGUACACCACCGACGCGGAUACAUCACGCGGAGGUUCAAAGAGUAGCUACAAGGAUAACGUCUCUGUGGAAUUCACGUACGUCGCGGAGGCGGACGCGCAUGUGUUCGACAUCUCCACUCCCCUGGGUGCCUUCCAUUUCUCCACAUUCCUCUGCAUGCUAGCCGAGGUACAUGCGCGAACGCUGAAUGAGAAGCUCGCGGAUGUCAAAGAGCGGCUGGAGGCUAUGUGUCGUGACGAUGAUCCAAGGUUGGUCUGGAAUGCCGAACAGGUUCGCCUGGCUGCUCAGAAGGAGAAGGCCGAUUCGUCACGUUCCGGAGACGGUGCCUAG